GCCCGGCUCCGGGUCCGCAUCGGAGUCGGAGCGCCCGGCGCUCGGGUCCUCGGUGGAUGCCGCUCGGCCCCCGCCGCUGCCCCGCGCCGCAGGACGGGGAGACCGGUGUCUGGGAGAUUUCCGCAGCUGCAUCUUCCCAUCUUCCUGUUACACGCACACCUCACAGAUAAUGCACGUCCAGCUCCAGCCCACCACAAUAAACCUAUGACAUCUAUGAAGAGCUGUAAAGCGAGCACAAUAAAAUGAGAUAUGCAGACAUCUCCUGUCAUGCUUUUCAUCAGAUAGCAGAGCUGCAGCCAAAAAUUCCUCCACCGAGAUUCCUUCCGGCCCAGAUGAAACUAAUAGUUCCAAGCUGUGUUGCUGUCACUCAUCACUAAUCCAGAACCACUGGUGUAGCUCAUGGGCUUUGAAGUCAGACCUGAAUUGAAAUCCAGUCUCUUGUCAGGGUCAAGACACCUGAGCAUGGCUACGAGCAGCAGAAACAGCGAUUUUGUGAUUCUCAGCAAUGGCAGCACCCCAGCCAGCGCUGCCAACCCCAGUCCCCUCACCUCCUGUGACGGAGACCCUGCAGCCCAGCCGCUCACACCCAAAGAAGCACCAAGAGCAAAAGUGAGUCCCAAUGGAUGCCUGCAAGUUAAUGGCACAGUGAAGUCAUCCUUCCUGCCUUUAGACAACCAAAGAGCGCCUCAGAUGUUACCCCAGUGCUGCCAUCCCUGCCCAUACCAUCAUCACCCUUUGACCAGCCCUCACGGUCACGGUCACCAGGAGUGCCAUGCCGAGGCUGGCUCUGCGUCACCUCCUGCUUUGGCCCCGUGCUGCAUGCAGCCACCCUCGGAGUACUCUGCCUCCCUCUGUCCGCACCACGCACCUGUUUAUCAGACCACAUGCUGUCUGCAGCCCUCUCCAUCCUUCUGCCUGCAUCACCCGUGGCCCGACCAUUUUCAGCACCAGCCUGUGCAGCAGCACAUAGCCACCCUAAGACCAUCCAGACCUUUCAAGUUACCCAAAAGUUACGCAGCCCUGAUAGCCGACUGGCCGGUGGUGGUCCUGGGCAUGUGCACCGUGUUCAUUGUGGUCUGUGCCUUGGUUGGAGUAUUAGUGCCCGAGCUUCCUGACUUCUCUGAUCCAUUGCUGGGUUUUGAACCAAGAGGGACUACAAUAGGCCAGAGACUGGUCACGUGGAAUAACAUGGUGAAAAAUACAGGCUACAAAGCAACGUUAGCCAAUUAUCCCUUUAAAUAUGCAGAUGAGCAAGCCAAAAGCCAUCGGGAUGAUAGAUGGUCAGAUGACCAUUAUGAAAGAGAAAAAAGAGAAGUUGACUGGAACUUCCACAAAGACAGCUUUUUCUGCGACGUUCCAAGUGACCGAUAUUCCAGAGUAGUAUUCACUUCAGCUGGAGGAGAGACAUUAUGGAAUUUACCAGCAAUUAAAUCAAUGUGCAAUGUAGAUAAUUCAAGGAUCAGGUCUCACCCGCAGUUUGGCGACCUCUGCCAGCGGGCCACCGCCGCCUCCUGCUGCCCCAGCUGGACGCUGGGGAACUACAUCGCCAUCCUGAACAACCGAUCGUCCUGCCAGAAGAUCGUCGAGCGGGACGUCUCGCACACCCUGAAGCUGCUCCGGACCUGCGCCAAGCACUACCACAACGGCACGCUGGAGCCCGACUGCUGGGACGCGGCGGCCCGCAGGAAGGACCAGCUCAAGUGCACCAGCGUGCCGCGGAAGUGCACCAAGUACAACGCCGUGUACCAGAUCCUGCACUACCUGGUGGACAAGGACUUCCUGGCCCCGAAGGCCGCCGCCGACGCCCCGCCGGCGCUCAAGCACAGCAUGCUCUUCUCGCCCACCGAGAAGGGCGAGAGCAUGAUGCACAUCUACCUGGACAACUUUGAGGCCUGGAACGCUUCCGACGGCGUCACCGCCGUCACCGGCAUCGAGUUCGGCAUCAAGCACAGCUUGUUCCAGGACUACCUGCUGAUGGAUACCGUGUAUCCCGCCAUCGCCGUGCUCAUCGUCCUCCUGGUCAUGUGCGUCUACACCAGGUCCAUGUUCAUCACCCUGAUGACGAUGUUUGCCAUCAUCAGCUCCCUGAUCGUGUCCUACUUCCUCUACCGCGUGGUGUUCAACUUCGAGUUCUUCCCCUUCAUGAACCUCACCGCGCUCAUUAUCCUGGUUGGGAUCGGGGCGGACGACGCGUUCGUGCUGUGCGACGUGUGGAACCACACCAAGUUCGACAAGCCUCACGCGGACACCUCGGAAACGGUGAGCAUCGCCUUGCAGCACGCGGCCCUCUCCAUGUUCGUCACCAGCUUCACCACCGCGGCCGCCUUCUACGCCAACUACGUGAGCAACAUCACAGCCAUCAGGUGCUUCGGGGUGUACGCGGGGACGGCCAUCCUGGUCAACUACGUCCUGAUGGUGACGUGGCUGCCAGCCGUCGUCGUGCUGCACGAGCGGUACCUCCUCAAUAUCUUCACCUGCUUCCGGAAGCCCCAGCAGCCCGCCUACGACGGCAAAAGCUGCUGGACGGUGGCUUGCCAGAAGUGCCACAAAGUGCUGUUCGCCGUUUCCGAGGCGUCUCGCAUUUUUUUUGAGAAAGUGUUGCCGUGCAUUGUCAUUAAGUUCCGCUACCUGUGGCUGUUCUGGUUCCUCGCCCUCACGGUCGGCGGGGCCUACAUCGUGUGCGUCAAUCCGAAGAUGAAACUGCCCUCGCUGGAGUUGUCCGAGUUCCAGGUGUUCAGGGCCUCGCACCCUUUCGAGCGUUACGACGCCGAGUACAAAAAGCUGUUCAUGUUCGAACGGGUUCACCACGGGGAGGAGCUCCACAUGCCCAUCACGGUGAUCUGGGGCGUGGCCCCGGAAGACAACGGCGACCCACUGAACCCCAAGAGCAAAGGGAAGCUGACGUUAGACAGCAGUUUCAACAUCGCCAGCCCAGCGUCCCAGCUCUGGAUUCUGCACUUCUGUCAGAAACUGAGAAAUCAGACGUUCUUCUACCAGACCGACGAGCAGGACUUCACCAGCUGCUUCAUCGAGACGUUCAAGCGCUGGAUGGAGAACCAGGACUGUGACGAGCCGGCCCUGUACCCGUGCUGCAGCCGUUGGAGCUUCCCGUAUAAGCAAGAGAUUUUCGAGCUGUGCAUCAAGAGGGCCAUCAUGGAGCUGGAAAGGAGUACGGGGUACCACUUGGACAGCAAAACCCCAGGGCCACGGUUUGAUAUCAACGAUACGAUCAGGGCCGUGGUCCUCGAGUUCCAAAGCACCUACCUCUUCACUCUGGCCUAUGAGAAGAUGCACCAGUUUUACAAAGAGGUGGACUCCUGGGUUUCCAGUGAGCUGAGCUCGGCCCCCGAGGGCCUCAGCAACGGCUGGUUUGUCAGCAACCUGGAGUUCUACGACCUCCAGGACAGCCUCUCCGACGGCACCCUCGUGGCCAUGGGGCUGUCCGUGGCUGUCGCGUUCAGCGUGAUGCUGCUUACGACGUGGAACGUCAUCAUAAGCCUGUACGCCAUCGUUUCCAUAGCUGGCACUAUAUUUGUCACCGUGGGUUCUCUGGUCCUGCUGGGCUGGGAGCUGAAUGUUCUGGAGUCUGUCACCAUUUCGGUCGCGGUUGGCCUGUCCGUAGACUUCGCCGUCCAUUACGGGGUUGCUUACCGCUUGGCCCCGGACGCCGACCGAGAAGGGAAGGUGAUCUUCUCCCUGAGUCGCAUGGGCUCUGCAAUUGCCAUGGCCGCCCUGACCACCUUUGUGGCCGGCGCCAUGAUGAUGCCGUCCACGGUGCUGGCCUACACCCAGCUGGGCACCUUUAUGAUGCUCAUCAUGUGUAUCAGCUGGGCUUUUGCCACCUUCUUUUUCCAGUGCAUGUGCCGCUGCCUUGGGCCACAGGGCACCUGUGGUCAGAUUCCUUUACCUAAAAAACUCCAGUGCAGUGCCUUCUCCCAUGCUUUGUCUACAAGUCCCAGUGACAAGGGACAAAGCAAAACACAUACCCUGAAUAGUUACCAUGUAGACCCCAGGGGCCAGAAACCCGAAAUGGAGAAUGAGUUUUAUGAAUUAGAGCCUCUGGCUUCUCACAGCUGUACUGCCUCCGAGAAGACUGCUUACGAGGAGACCCACAUCUGCUCUGAAUUUUUCAGCAGCCAGGCAAAGAAUGUCGUGCUGCCUGCGCCUGCAGCUUACAACAGUGAGCUCCACAAAAGCGCCCAAAGUGACUCGAGCUCCGCCUUGCUGCAGCCCUCUCUUGAACAGCACACCAUGUGUCACUUCUUCUCUCUGAAUCAGAGAUGUAGCUGCCCAGAUGCCUACGCACAUUUGAAAUACGGCCCACACUCUUGCCAGCAGAUGGGCGACUGCUUGUGCCACCAAUGUGCCCCUACUGCCAGCAGCUUCGUGCAUGUCCAAAAUGGCAUGGCACCUGUGAAGGCGGCACGCCCGGCCCCCGAGGGCUUCGUGCACCCCGUGCCGCACAUUCACCGCUGCCCCUGCCUGCAGGGCAGAGUGAGACCCCCUGGGAUGCAGAAUUCUCUGCCCACGAGUUUUUUCCUCCACCCAGUGCAGCCUAUCCAGGCCCAAGAAAAAACGGGUAAGACCAGCGUACUCAGUCUUCAGAGCACAGAAGAUUACCUUCCAAAGAUGGCAGAGCCCUCAUCAUUUGUGUGCCGAAGCACCGGGUCUUUAUGCAAAGCAUGCUGCCAUCCUGAGAAUGACCAAAGGGGACCCUAUAAAAAUAGAGAUGUCAGGAAUAUGGAGGGCAGUGGAGGGGCUGAAAACCAGGACUCCAGUUCUGUCACUCAGACCGAUGGGGCAGAAAGGGAUGCUGAGCCCAGCUUGUCCCAGACUGAUGUCAUUGUGAACGCAGAACGUUUGAAUCAGAAUGAACCAAAAUUUAUAUUGAACCAUUUAAUGGGGGAGGCUGGUUAUGGGUCCUGCCCCAACAAUCCACAGAGUUGUAGCAGAAUUGUGCGAGUGAGGUGUAGUUCUGUGGACUGUCAAAUGCCAAACGUUGAAGCCAAUGUGCCUGCUGUCUUAACACACUCAGAACUUUCCGGUGAAAGUUUGUUAAUAAAAACACUUUAAUAAAUAUAGUAUUAAAUUCAGA